GCGGCAGGGGAGUGUAGGCUCUGGUCACACCUGUAGCAGCGACCCCUGGCGGCGGGUCGAUGAAACAUGCAGUCUCUCCAACAACAUCCAGAGCAAGGUGUGAUGUCCGAGCCUCUGCCUUCACACCGCGUCUCCAACAGCGUGAAGAAGGGCUUGUCUAACAGGUAGGACUGACCUUCAGGCUGAAAGGUCAGACACUGGGAAGGUGGAGCCCAAUGGAUCAUGGUGGUUGGUGUGAGACAUAGAGCAGCAUAAUGUCGCAACUUCCUGUGGACGGCGUUGACCUCUGUGAUAACCUACCCAACCCUGAUGCUGCCCAAACUCAAAACCUCAACGAAACAAACACCCUCACACAAAAUCAAAGUCUCUGUCCUUCACAAAUCGAAGAGGGGGGAGGGCGCAGGCUCAUCCAAAAACCCUCUCUCAACAACAAUGGGAAGGAUGAGGAGGAAGAACAGGGGAAGGAGAGAUACACAGGAAGAGGCAGAGCGGAGGAUGAGGAAGAAGACAAUGAUGAAGUGAUGAAAGAAGAAGAAGAGGAGGAAUCAGAGGAAUCGAGCAGUGUAAUUCGCGGCCAGUCUCCAGACACUAUGACUGACUCGUCGUAUUCAGAAACUGGCAGCCUGUUGGAGACUCCAUAUCCUUUCAGCCCUGGGACCAGUGCAGACUCUACAUCCCCUGUCAUCCCAGUGAUCAGUCCAGAAACUGCAUAUCCCAUCAGUCCAGUGGAAUUCAAUCUGAGUGAUGUCAGCGUGGACUCUCUCACGUCCAGCACUGCAUCAGGUGCCUUCACCACAGGGCCUAUUCACUCUACUACACUAACUGCGACCUCAGACACCACUUCCACCAGCCCAACUGGGCCUACAUGUAUCACAGAAACUACAGACAGGAUAGCAGAAAAGUCCACUGCAGAACUUCUUACCUCAUCUACGGAGCCCGUCUUCAACCAUGGGUCUGCCAGUUCAUAUGUAGGACCUGUCCCCUCAACCACAGAGACAUUUUCAGUAACUGAUAGCACCACUCGGCUCAACACCUCCAUGCCUUCCACUGCUAUGAGUGCAACUACAGGACCCCUAGCUUCCACCACAGGGCCUACGACUGCUGGUACAGAUCUCACUUUCACCACACGAUCUAUAACCUCAAACUGGGAACAUAUUGCUUCCAUACCAGUGCCCUCUUGUUUCUCAGCCUCCACCUGCUCAACUGGGACUAGUCCAAGCCCGGCUUUGCUGAAAUAUCUGGAGCAGUUGGCACAAAAAGGAGAUGACGGUCACCUUCCACACUAUCUGCACCAGAUAGCUGAGGCCUUUGUCCUCCAAAAAGACUACCAGGAGGCGUUAUGGUGCAUCCAACUAGAGAGACUCUAUCACCAGAGAAUAUUGGACAACCUGAAUACACUCCAGGAGCAUUGGGAGAGUCAGUGUAAAAGGACUUCUUCUGACCUGGCAUCCGAACAUCUGGACACUCUUAAACACAUCUGCCAGACACACAGUCGACCAAGUUCAAGAGAUGCUGUGCGUGCAUCUCUUGACUCUUUGAGGCCUACAGUUGAAGAAGGUGCUGCUCUGUCUUCAUGUUUCUCAGCUGAUCAAGUUGACAGAGGGACAGAGCAGAGAGACAGAGACUCCUUUCCUCAGAGCGGUGAUCCAGUCACCCCCUCCAUUAAUUUGACCGACAGGCUCAGUCUCCCUGAGAUCUCAGAUAAGGACAGUGAAGACCCAGACAGGGUUUUAGACGGGAGGGAUGGUUUCCAUGGAUCUCAGCUGAUUGACGAGAAGGGCAGUGAUAGAGAGGGAGGCGAGGCAGAAGGGGGGUUGGGACACACCAUUCCAGCCAUAGAAAAUGGUCUGCACCCCUCUACAGCUGGAGAAAUGGAUCAGUCCAAGCCCGCAGAGCAGCAGGGUGGAGAUUUAGGUCUAGCAGAGGGAAAGGAGGUGAAAAGGGAAGACGUAGAGGAGGCAGCAGAGGCUUUUGAGAUGGAUGAUGAGGGAGAGGAAGAUGAUAAGGAGAAGCAGAAAGAAAGAGACUUUGCAUUCUAUCAGAGAGCUCUCCCAGUGGAUAAUCUGGGCAGCGGGGCAGAGGUGGAGGAAGAACAGCUGCACCAGGAAGUCCCAGCUGAAGAGAAACUACACGAGCAUACCCAGCAGGAGGUCCAUCUCACUCAGGAGGCUAAUGUUAAGCAGCAAGAGCAGCAUGAGGAGGAAGAGGAAGAGGAGUAUGAAGUAGAGCAAGCUGACCUCAUCAGAGAAGCUGCCUCACUGGACAACAUGGCUAAACUCAUCACUGUAGAGGAGAUGUCUCCUGCCUCUGGCCUGGUCUCCAUAUUGAAGAAGAGGAGUGUUUGUGUGGAUAACGUGAGUGUGUCUUCGAGUUCAGAGCCCCGGCCUGACAAUCCCACUGCCAAAAGACGAGUCCGCUUCAGAGUUCCUGACGACGAGGAGCAGGACGUUGGCGGUGGAGACUCCUGCCUGCUUCUCUUCCUGCUUUGUCUGGUUACUGUAGUGAUCAGUGUGGGUGGCACUGCCCUUUACUGUGCUCUGGGGGACUCCCACUCCUCAGUGUGUCAGGACUUCUCCAGAAAUGCAGACUUCUACUUUGGCCAGAUCCAGCGGGGGAUAACUCAUAUCCAACAUUGGUUUACGCCUGGGUCAUAGCAGCAAACACUUUGUCAGCACCCUGGAGUCACUGGCCUUACUGUUUUUUUUUUACUGUAGGCUACAGGUAAUGGAUCCAGGUGGCUGCCACGGUCCCUGCCACCAUGUGAAGUAAGUGGCCAUUAUGCCUCCUAACUGACUAUAGGAGUAGAUCAGAUACAGUAAGCAUUUGCUCUCCUCCUUUUUUAUGCUCUGUGAAUCAAAUUCCAAGGUUCACUGAGACUCCAAGUCAUACAUCAGAUAUCCCAAAAGAAAAGUAGAUGAAAGGAAAAAAAGAGUAGAAGAGGAGGAACUGACCUACAACCCUCUACACCCUUUCCAGAGUUAGGAGGUAAGAGCUGAGAGUUGUCUCCAUACUUAUGUCCACUGUCAGCCAGAGAUGCUUCAGUUUCAAAAGACAGUUAAAUGAGACAAGACUGAAUACAAACUGACACUGACUCACACUGGACUGCAGAAGUCAGCACAGUCAAGAUCAAAUUGAACAGCUGUGACCCACAGAAAUGUAAAAAUAAAAAUUAUAUAUUGUACAGUUUGCUAACUGUGGGGCAAAGGGACUCUCUCUCUCUCUCCCCACUGCACAAACAGGUAGUGGCCCAGCAGGCAUUUUACAGACUGCUGCAACCACUGCUGUUGCUUUUAUUGUUGACGUUUUUUAGAUCAAAAUGAAAUUUUAAAAGAAUGAAAUUGUUGUGUUUUAAUCCUGUCUUAAACCUUAAGAUGAAUGUUUGGGGCUCAUUGUUAACCUUUGUGUGAUUUUAGGGGCAUUUCUACAGUGUACUGUCACAUAAUAGAUUUAACGGGUUAUUUUGGUGUUUUUCAAACCUGAGCUGCUAAUGGACAACAGGCAUGUCAAAUAGGUCCAUGGGGAAAAGUUACAUGAUUGCAUUGCAUUGUAUGUAAUGUUGUGAUGGGCUGAAGAGCUCGAUAUCAGCCCUACAGACAUACACAUAAAUAUUUCCCCCCUGCGCACAUUUGACAUCUGUCCUGUUGCUACCGUUUUCUGUGUAAGUACCAACAACACAUUUGCAGCGAGCUGACAUGGCUGCCUCUGGAGACUUAAAAGUCUUAACUGUCCGUUUGUGUUUUUGAGCUAAUUUUAGCUUUGUGUAGCAUAUGCAACAUGCACAGGUACACAGUGCACCUCUGUAUAUAUUUUCAGGAGAAUGUUUAACAUAUUGCACAUGAGACCGGUACGAUUUUAAGUAUAUUGCAAUAUUUCAACAGGCAUUGUUCUGUUGGUCGUAGAUUAAACGUCGAUCUAACAUGAUUUAAUCAGCAAAACAAAAAAUCCAUAUCCACAAAAAUUGCUUUCAGGUUUACUGUGAAAAGUAAAUAUAUAUAUCAGUUAUGCACAUUUACACAAAAAAUACUCAACUCCAUAUGUGGAAUAUCUCAGUAAAAUAUACAGCUGAUGAAUGAGCAAUGUACAAAUGUUUGUAGGAAUAAUUUCAGUGUACUUCAUCAGUACAGCCUUGGCGUUGAUGGAUCAGUCCUGGUCUGUCUGUCUGUAUCUUUGCUGUUUCUGAGAGAGUCUGGGCAUCAUCCUCAAUGUGUAAUUAGUUUUUUUGCAACUCUGAAAGAUUUAUGCCACCACUUGGUCUUUUCUAAAUUCAUCUUGAUAACAUUCGUCUUAUGUGUUUACAUCGGCCAAAAUUUUGAUCUUAAAAUUUCCUUAUGAAGAAGGAGAAAGUUUGGUCUGGAAAAAGUCUCACUUUCUGGAUACAGUUUCAGACUUUUGUCCCUGAAACCAAACUCAAACCUGUAUUGUAUCUCUUAUUUCUAACAAUUUGAAAGAAACCUUUAACAUUUUAAGGCUUAACGUCCCUUUUUGCCCAUCCAUAGUGUGAUAUUCCAACAUAUUGAAACAUUUGAUGUCCUGUUCAUUAUUUUUCCCUUAAUUUGCAGUUGUAGUGAAUGCCAUAAAAAAAUGCCCUAGAAAAACCACAUAUCUUACAGAGGUCUUAUUUGUCAGUGAGCAAAGACAGAAAGGACAGAUUCAAGUGUCUUAACUAUGCAUUUUAACAGAUGAAGAUAGAUAGUGUUGUCUUUCUAUCCCAGUGUGUCACUCGCAAAACCCUAAAAACUAAUUUAAAGAUAUGAGGUUUUCCCAGGACGUAGUGAUUAGUAGAUUGAGUCUUGCUUUUUUAUUUGCACAAUGUCGCCUGGCUGGUUCAGAUGACUAUCACUCAAAAGAAAACAUCUUAUUUAAUCUUUUAGAUGAUUUUAAUUAUUUAUAAUACUAGAGAUGUCAAGUGUAAGUGGUUAAGAAAAGAAACAUCUUUAGUUUUGGUUUCGCUUGAUUGUUGUCAUCAUACAUCACAUACUGUAAGUUUUUCAUCUCAUAUGUCAUUGUUGUUAAGGAGGCUUCGACAGAAAAUCAGAUUUUCUUUUUAUUUGAGAACUUCUGAAUACCUUCCUCUGUGUCACUGUACAUACAUGCAUGUUGUUUAUUUACAUUCAUUUUCAAUACUGUGCUUCUGCUGUCAGUUACGUCCUCUUCACACAGACUGUAAAAGGUUCCUGUUUCUUCCAUCUUAAGACGCAGGAUAUGCGAUUUGUUUUCACUUAUUGGUUUUUAAUAGAACAUGAUGAGAUGAUAUCUGCGUGUGAAUCAGUCAUGUGUACCACUGUUAUCAACCUGAUGAAAGGUGUUUAUUAUGAAUUCUUUAAUGAAUUUUUUUCACCUUUUCUUAUAGAUUGUUAUAAGGAAAUUUGUUUUUUUGUCCUGUUGAUGUCUCCUGUUAAAGCCAUUGGGGAAAAAAAGUUUGUUUGUGAGCCUCCUUUCUGUUUCUACUGCAACAAUACUGACCUGUCUCCUUGCUCCUACACUUAAAAAUGUAAUGGACAAAACUUUGUGUUUAGUAAUUUUGAAGCAGAUGUGAAAACUUUCCCAGUUUUAUUGUGUAGAGCUUAAAAUGUACCGGUGCAGGCUGUGUGUAAAUCUCACUAUCCAUGUGAUAGUCACUUGGCAAUACCUUCAGGUAUAUAAUAAGAGACAGCAAUUAUCUAUACCAGACAGACGAUAGUAUCACAUCAGAAAAAAAAAUGUAUUCAAUCAAUCAACUUUAAUUUCUAUAGCCAAUAUUCACAAAUAACAAUUAGUCUCAUAACAACGUCUCAUCCUCUGUCCUUAACCCUCAUCAAGAGUAAGGAAAAACUAACCAAACCCUAUUAACAGAAAUAAUAACAUACUUAAUAAUGAAUAAUGAUUAUAUUCUAUUAUAAAAUAAUUAUAUUUCUCCAAAAAGUAAUUUUUAUCACUAAUAGUAAUAUGGGUGGGACAAGACCUUGAUGACUUAACUUUAUGGAUGUGGGAUUUUCAAAUUAGAAUGAUAUGGUGGUAUAUAUAUUGGUAUGCUGAACUGUCUGUUUUUUAUUUUCAUGAUAUAAUAAAUCACAAAGCUGGGUGAUGAAA